UAUAUAUACGGCAAGCAGUGUAAUAACCUCUAAAACUAUAGUCAAUUAAAUAAGAUUAUUUCUUGUUCAAAAGCUAAGAAAUGAAGCAUGAGAAACGUGAUCGUUGACGGAAUUGCGUUAACCGCUGUCAGCCAGAGGAUGGUGCUAAAGAGGUCCAUUUAUAUGGUGUGACUGACAGCCGACCCGUGGUUGCCCCUUGUAGCCUCUAUGCGUGUAGCCUGGUACUUCCUGUGUUUAUUCCGACUUCCCCCUCAGACAGAUGGCGAGCGGACAGCUGUCCAGAGCGGAGGCGUUGACACGCGAGGGCGUCAGGCACGCCUGCCACGUGAUGCUCUACUGCGACACCCGGUCCAAGCUAUUCCACAGAACGCCCAUCGGACACAUAGUACUGAUGCAGAUGCGUUUUGACGGUCUGUUGGGUUUUCCUGGCGGCCUGGUGGACCCUGGAGAGAGCCUGGAGGCGGGGCUUAGCAGGGAGGUGAUGGAGGAGACGGGCGUGGCCCUUGCUUUCUCCGAGGAGGAUCACAUGGCGUCCUGCUUUGCUCCGACCACCUCCGGCCCCCCCUCGACCCCCCCCCUGAUAACACACUUCUACGUGAAGAAGAUGGAGGAGGAUCAGAUCAGGGCCAUGGAGAUAGCGGGCCCCUCCAGGGCCGUGGACCACGGCCUGGAGGUCCUGGGCGUGGUGCGCGUCCCGCUGUACUUCUUGAGCGACGGCGGCGGUCUCCCCAGCUUCCUGUCACAUGGUUUCGCGGGGAACGCCCGCUCGCAGCUGCUGGACGCUCUGAGGCGCUACCACCUGGUCGCCCCCGACGACCUGGGCCGCGCCCUUACCUCGGCCGUCCAGGUGACCGCGCGCUCGGCCGCCGGCCUGCAGGGCGCACUCACCGAGGACGCACUGCAGAGCUCCUCAUAGACACACGCACAAUGGACACGCACACAAACGCACACAAACACACACACUGUACACACACACAGACAC